CCCUGUAUAACAUGUUAUUGACAAAUAUUUCAAUUUUGACAUAUGAUUAGCAUGUUAACCUUUAAUUUUUGAGCUGGAAAAUUUCAGAUGCUCUUCAACAUCUCUGUUCUAGAGAAAAAUGCCUUCAAAACAUAAAAUUUGCUGUAAGAUUUCCUAAACAUGUACCAAUUUGACUGUGAUGGAUACUACAAUAACAGUAAUUAACCUAAUUUUGGAGACUGGAUUUCGUCUUGGCAUCUGGAUAUUAUUUCUAUGGCUCGACAAACAUGGACCGAUAAUCCGUCACAUUGACGAAGACGAAAUGUGGAUGUACCGGUACCCGUCCAUGGACAGCAUAGUUCCGAAAUUCUACCUUUACGUCAUCAUAUGCGUUUUCCCUCUGAUCGUUUUCUUUCUCCAGUUCGUCAUAAACGGUCGCAGAGAACAGACCAUUCCAGAUAUAUUCCAGAGUAUCUCCGGACUAACUCUGGCUUAUUGCAUCAACGGUAUUCUGACUACCACUUUGAAACUGACUCUGGGUAGGCCUAGACCGAAUUUCUUCCACAGGUGUUUCCCUGAUGGUUAUGGCACCGACAUUGACAACUGUACCGGAGAAUACCACGGAAUGCUGGAUGGUAGAAAGAGUUUUCCUAGUGCUCAUGCUUCAUUCGCCUUCACCUGCAUGGUCUAUCUCACUCUGCACAUCAAUAAGUUGAUCGAUUUGAAGAAAGUGAGGGUUUGCAGAGGGAUUUUAAUGUUUUUGAUGAUGGUACCUAUAUUACUGGCUACUUUGAUAGCUGUGAGUAGGUGCGCUGACUAUCAUCAUCACUAUACAGAUGUUAUUGGGGGUGCAAUUUUGGGGACGUCUAUAGCAGUAUUGACACAAAAUAUAUAUUCAACAGUGGACGCAAAAGAGGCAGAGGAAAUAUUGGAAUUAGUUGAAAAAUAUAGUUACAUAAGUUUGGUGCCAAAAGGGAAACAAAUUUGAUCAAUAGCUCAUUAACGGAUUUUUCUCACAAUAAAACUGUUUAUGCCUGA